AUGAUACCCACUCAAAGCCACCUCAAUUCCUAUACGCGCUAUUCGCUCCUCGUCCUGGGAUUACUCCUGCAUGCACAUGUACCGCUCGUAGCGGGUGAUGAUAACUCUAAUUGCUCCUCCACCUCAACAAUAUCCUCCCAAUCUGAUGCCGACUCGCUCUCCUCCUGCGAUACCCUCUCCGGCACCCUGACUAUCUCCACUUCUGCGACAGGCAGUAUCUCGCUCUCCAAUGUCGAGACCAUUAACGGUGGGAUUACCAUCCAGGAUGUAUCGGGGUUAACGUCUUUCUCGGCUUCGGAUUUACAGAAAGUGAACGGGAAGAUCUAUAUUUCUGGGAAUGAUGACUUGACAAAUUUGUCAUUUCCGGAUUUGGAAAAGGUUCCGGGGGAGAUUGAUAUAGAAGGGAAUAGCAAGUUAAGGGAUAUUGUAUUCCCGGAUUUGAAGAAUGUCGAUGGGGCCUUGAUUUUGGAGGGGAGUUUUAAUGAGAUCAAAUUUGAGGACCUCGAUAAGGUCAAAGGACAAACAACUAUUCACUCCCAUGGCGGAUCAUUUCGAUGCUCGAGUCUCAAUUCUCUUCGUGAUGGUGAUGAUGACGAUGACGAUGAUAACAAUACUCGCCGUCGCCGCGACAAUAACAACGACAAUAACAACGGCGCCUUUCAAGGCGCGUACACCUGCACCGACAGUUCCAGCAGCGGACUCAGUGCGGGCGCCAAAGCCGGUAUUGCCAUUGCUGUGAUUGUACUCGUCCUUCUCAUCCUUGUUGGUGUGUGGAUGAUGUAUCGGAAACAGCGAAAACGGCGCAGAAGACGGAAUGAUGAUCAAAGCCAGAUGAUGUAUACGCCUGUUGGGGUCGGUCUUCGUGGUGGCGGUGGUAGUAGUAAUCGAGACGAAGAAUCUUCAGCUGGUGAUGAGAAGCCUGUCACUGGAGUGCCGAAUCCUGCCGUUCUGAGGCAGAAUAGUGACUCGGUCAAUGCGCUUAGUGCCAUCCCCCGGAAACCGAUUUCGCCGCCACCGCCAUCGAACGAGAUGAAUAGGGAAUCUAUGGUGUCCAUGUCGACGUCUCCGCCCCUCCCUGCUGCGUUGGUCCCAGGAGAUCGCUCGUCUGCGUCGCCGCCGAAUGAUGCGGAUGGACGAUCGUUGUUCCUGCAUCCGAUCCCCCGGAGGCGACCGUCGGAGACAGAUGUGCCGUUGCUGGAUAGUGGUGACGUGCAUGAGGCGCCCGGAAGUCCAGUACAACGGCCGACAUUUGAGCUAGAUGCAGGGCCCGUGCGAGGAAUGCAUCAACAACCUAUUCAUCAUGAGUAG